UUACACUCCUUUAGUCAGUGCUUUGGAGGCCACGAAGCAACCUCUAAGAAAGACGAACGAAUCGACGACGCGUUUGUGCGACGGGACGACCCAAGUGUACACGCGAAAACGCGAACUGUGUGUGGUGAAGUGAAGUGCUGAGCUGUUGAGCUUCUGCACCAUUUUCAAGAAGGCCGGGUUAAUGUCCUCGAUUUCGGGAUAAUCAAAAUACAGAAAGCAUGGGAGUGGCAGAAGAUUUCGCUCCCAGCUUCACCCAGAAACCACAGUUAAGACAAGAAGAUGACGGCAAUAAACUUAUUUUCGAAUGUCAACUAUUGUCAAACCCAAAACCAGAUAUUCAAUGGUUCCGAAGCGAUACACUACUGUCAGAAGACAGUAGAACCAAUAUCAAAAUACAGUCAAUAGGAACAAACAAAUUUCUUGUGGUUCUUGAGCUUGACGAUGUUAUCGAAACAGAUGCCGGCCUUUACAAGGUCAAAGCAAAGAACAAAAUGGGAGAAGUUGCAGCUUCGAUCAAUCUCAACUUCAGUCCUAUGGAUGAACCGAAAGAGAAACAAAUCGACGGUCUUGCACCAACAUUCGCGAAGAAGCCGAGUAUUCGACAGGAGGAAGAUGGAAAAAGACUUCUUUUCGAAUGUAGAAUUCAAGCAGAUCCACGCCCUACUGUCAGUUGGUUCCACAAUGCCAACCCCGUACAUGAAACGCCACGACACAAGUUGAGGAUAGAUAAAGAUGGCCACUCGUAUUUUGCAACCCUUGAAAUAAAAAAUGUCACGGUUGAGGAUGCUGGCAAAUACAAGGUGACUGCAAAGAAUGAGUUGGGCGAAAGCAACGCGACGAUCAGCCUCAACUUCGAUAGCGAUGAGGCUCCCGUGCCAGACAAUGGCAUCAAACCGACGUUCACAGAGCGACCUGUUAUCCGACAGACUGAUGAUGGUACCAAGAUUACCUUCGAAUGCAGAUGCGUCGGAGAUCCCAAACCUGUUAUCCAAUGGUUCCACGGCAGAGAAGAAAUUCAGGAGAAUAGUCGAUACGUUAUUUCCAUGGUAGAGGACCAAAAACUUUAUUUUAUAGCGCGACUAGAGAUCAACAACGUUAAAAGCACCGAUAAAGGCGAAUACCGGGCCAUAGCGAAAAACAUAUACGGCCAGGGAGUUGCCACCAUCAAUCUUAAUUUUGAGGGGGCCGCUAAGCCCAAAAUUCCAGACGGAAAACCACCACGAUUCCCUAAGAAACCGACCAUAAGACAAGACGGAGAUGUCCUAGUGAUGGAAUGUCUUCUAGAAGCCAAUCCAGAUCCAGAUAUUACAUGGUAUCAAGGCGAAAAUAGUAUUGCAGACAGUUCGAGAGUACGCAUGCUUCGGAAAACAACCGGCAAAGACACAUAUCUGCUUACUUUAGAAAUAUCAAACCCUACACGCCAAGACGGGGGGAAUUAUAGAUGUAACGCUUUCAAUGUUUACGGUGAAAGCAAUGCAAACAUAGCGCUAAAUUUCCAAGGUGGAGACAAUGCCGCCGGUUUUGCACCUUCCUUCAUCGAAAAACCCAAAAUUAUUCCAAACGAAAGCGGAACACUUAUUACCAUGAAAUGUAAAUGUAAAGCGAAACCUAAACCUGACGUGACUUGGUUCCGUGGAACCACUGUCGUUAAAGAAUCAUCUAAAAUUAAAAUUAAAACGCUUGAUGUAGAGGAAGAUAUUUACGAACUUUCUUUAGAAAUCAAGGAUCCUGCUGGAGCUGACGGUGGUACCUACAGAUGUCAUGUCAAGAACGAAUUUGGAGAAAGCAAUGCCAAUCUCAACCUGAACAUUGAGGCUGAACCAGAACCAGAAGGAGACGGACCUACAUUUGUAGAAAAACCAAGAAUAACUUCACACCAAGGCGGAAAACUUGUUAUUAUGGAAUGUAAAGUACGUGCUAAUCCAAAACCAACCAUUGUUUGGUACCGUGAAGGUAAACAAGUGACCGAAUCGUCAAAAAUAAAAAUAAGCUUCGAAAAGGUCGAAGAAGACGUCUAUUAUAUUAAACUUGAACUUAAAGAUCCCGGAAUUGAAGAUUCUGGGCUUUACAAAUGUAAUAUUAAAAACACUCUAGGUGAACUAAAUGCCAAUUUAACCCUCAAUAUUGAAAUUAUCCCAGUCAUAAAAGAAAAACCGAAAGUUAUCAAAAUUAUCAAAAAACGAACUGUUAUUGUUGAGUGCAAAGUUCAGAGUAAAUUUGCACCUGACUGCACUUGGUUUAAAGAGGCAACUGCCGUUAAAGAAGAUGCUAGACAUAAAGUUUUAGUAGAACAAGUUAAAGAUGGCGAAUUUGCAAUUAAAUUGGAAAUUUCUGAAGUUAGCAAAACAGAUAAAGGUUUGUAUAAAUUAGUAGCAAAGAAUGAGAAAGGCGAAGCUACUUCACAAACGGUCGAGGUAACAGAAUUACCUCCGGAAGAGAAACCAAAAGGUGAAAAACCAAAACUCACAAAAUUGACCAAUGUCAACGUUGAAGAAGGCAAAUCAGCUGAUUUCAUUUCUUCACUCAAAGUCAGCGACAAAUCAGUUACAAUCACUUGGUAUAAAAAUUCGACAGUUAUCAGAGAAUCGUCCGAUGUCAAAAUUACAUUCGAUGGUUCCACAGCUCACCUCAGUAUUACAACUUGCAAAGUGUCACAUUCUGCUACUUACAAAGUCGUAGCUAAGAACGAAUUCGGAGAAGAUGAAGCUUCAGCUGUUCUGACAGUUACGGAAAAGAAAGAAGAAAAGAAACAAAAAGAAGAGAAACAGGAAAUUGAGACAGAAGACGAAGAAGACGAAGAGGAAGAAGAAGAUACCGACAUUAAACAAAUUACACGUAAAGACGAUGUAAAACCUAAGAAGGAAGAAGAGGAGAUUAAAAAGAAAGAAGAGAAGAAAGUCGAAAAGAAAGAGGAGAAAAAAGAAGAGAAAAAGGUUGAGAAGAAAGAAGAAGCCAAGAAAGUCGAAAAGAAGGAGGAAGCUAAAAAAGUUAACGAUGUUGGUAAAAAUGCUGUUGAAAAAAUUGAGGAAACCAAAGCAGCAACUAAAAAAUCUGAAAGAAAGACAUCAGUACAAAAGAUCGAAGAAUUCAAAAGUGAAUCUCGUAGUGAAUCUCGUAGAAGUUCUAUUGUUGAAACUAGAGAACAGAUCGUUCAAGACGGUGACAAAGUUUCUAGUCGUAGAUCUUCCGUAACACAGAUUGAAGAGGAAACUAGAAGUCAAUCUAGAAAAUCCUCAAUUGCAGACGAGAAAAAGAAAAAGGUACAAACCAAAAAAUUGGAAACAACAGCUGAAGCGUUGACACCAACAAACAACAUUGAAGAAAAAUCAUUUGACACUAAAAAAACAGAACAAAAACUUGCACCCGCGAAAGAACCUUCAAAAGAACCUGAAAAAGUUGACACAAAACCCCAAUUGAAAAAGACUGAACCUGAAAAGAAAUCUGCCCUUAAAAAGGCAGAACCCGAACCUGAAAAGAAACCUGAACUCAAAACAAGAGCAGAUCUUACGAAAAAGGUAACCGAAACUAAAAAAACAGAACCAGAAAAACCCAAAACACCCAACGCCAAAACUCCUGAGCUUAAAACACCCGAAAUUAUCGUUCCUGAAGAAGCCGAACGACGUCCUAUUAAGCCUAAAUACGAUCCUUUGAAAUUUGUCGAAGACAAGGAAAUACCAGCAGCUCCUCAAACGCCCGUGGUACCUAAGUAUGACCCAAUGAAAUUUGUCGAAGACAAAAAAGUGGACGAAACUUCAACUCCCAGUCCUCAAGCCAAACCGGUUCGGAAAUACGAUCCAAUGAAAUUCAUUCCGGAUGACGACGUACCUACCACACCUGAAGUGCACCAAAAGCCUGUGAAUGAAGCAAAAGGGAACGAGAAAGUUGAAUUAAAGCAAACUGAUGAGAAAGUAAAGAAAAAAAUUCCUCCUAAAACUGAGGUCAAAACAGAUAGUUUUUUGAAUAUACAGUUGAAACCUGUAACUAAAGAAGCCAAAGAAGCUGAAAAGGCAAAACUAGAAGUUGAGUUGAAGAAAACCGGAGAAAAAUCAAAAACCAAAACGGUUGCCAAGAAAUCAACAGCAAGCAAAGAUGAGGAUAUCGAAGCUUGGCAAAAUAUUCCCGAUUAUGAAAGACCGGUUCUUGAGAAAUACGAGCCAGGCGAACAUCCAGAAUAUGCUGGUAGAGAGAAAACGAAAUUGAGUAAGGACAAGCCGAGUCUUCCCCAAAUCAAAACACCAGAAGCACCAAAAAUCGCUGUUGUUAAAGAGAAAACUCCGGAACCACGAAAACAGUCUUUAGAGCCCAGCGGGCCGCCAAGCCGACGUGGCUCGUUGAUUCCUCCAGAGGCUAUGACCCGGAGAGCCAGUCUCAUCAUAUCAGACGAGCCGAAAAGUAAACGACCGGGACAGUUGCAAGAUCCGAACGAAAAACAGCGUCGCCGCCCCAGUUCCGACGUCCGAAGGCCUAGUAUUGCCGACAUGGAAGAUAUGAUUAAUAAACCUUCAACACCCCUUAAACCUGUGGGACCAGGAGGACCCCCGAGUAUUGUAGAUGUGCAAGAGACUUACUCGGCUGUUGAAGAUCAAAUCGCGUACCUCUUUGUACAAGUUGAGGGUAAUCCUCCACCAACCUUCAAAUUCUACAAAGGCAUGACUGAAAUUAUUGAGGGAGGUAGAUUUAAGUUCCUCACGGACGGAGAAACAAAUACCAUAACUCUCUGCAUCCGCAAAGUAAAACCUAAUGAUGAAGGUCAAUACAGAAUUGUUGUUUCUAAUAUCCACGGUGAAGAUUCUGCUGAUAUGCAGUUAUAUGUCUCGGAUUCCAGCGGUAUGGACUUCCGUGCAAUGUUGAAAAAGAGAAAGUAUGCCAAAUGGGGCGAAAACAAGGAAGAUCCAGAUUGGGGCGAGCUCAAAGAAGUUGAAAAGCCAAUGCCAGUCUUGAAAAAAGUCGAAAAGCCCCAAGGUGAAAAAAUCACCGGAUGGUUUGAAGAGGGUGGAAUUGUUACUGUUUAUCUCGAAGGAACAUUAAUUGCAGAAGCGCCAGCUGAUAAAAUUGGGACUGACAAUUGGAGUUGGUUAAAGGAACUUUUUCUAAUUCAGCGGCGACCGUCGCUAGUAGAAAUUGUAGACGAUUGGCCGAAACUAGUGGUUCGUGAAAAAAUAAAGAAACAAGAAUCGUUCCUAAAACCUCUUGUUGACAAAUAUGCCAAAGAAGGAAAAGAUAAAAAAGUCGUAUUUGAAGCAGGCUUUUCGAAACCAAACUGCAAACCAAAAUGGUUAUUCAGAAAAGACGAGCUUUUCCAAGGUGCUAAAUAUAAGUUUAAAAAUGAAAACGAAAUUUAUCAAUUGAUUAUCAUGAACCCCAAAGUGGAAGAUAGCGGAAAAUACAGCAUUGAAAUUGGUGGAGUAUCAUGUACGGCUUUCCUCAACGUUGACGAACCAGAUCCUUCUUACACUUUCACAAAACAACUUAAAAAGAAAUACGAUGGAUUCACUAAACACGAAGUUCAACUCGAAUGUGCAGUCAGCAACAGUCUGGCUAUAGUAGGAUGGUACAAAGGAACAACAAAACUCGAAGACGAUGAAAAAUAUGUCAUUUCAAAAGACAUCAGCGGAAACUGUCGUUUGACAAUCAAAAACGCUGACUUUGUCGACGCUGGAGAAUAUUCCUGUAAACUCGAAAAACAAACAGACAAGACCACCACCAAUGUUAACAUUGUUGAGUAUCCCUACAAAUUCGUCAAAGUCCUUAAACACCAACAACACGUUGAAAAAGAAAACAUCACUUUUGUAUGUGAACUUGACGAUGCAGGUGGUGACGUAAAAUGGUUCAAAGGCGAACAAGAAAUCAAACCUGACAAAAGAAUUAACAUUAUUAAAGAUGGACGUAAAUGCAAAAUGGUCAUCAAGGACGCAAAAGUUACAGACGCUGGAAUGUACUCUUGUGUUUCUAAUGCCGAUAAAACUGAAGCCGAAUUAGUUGUCAAUUAUUUGAACCGUUUCAAUAAAAAAUUAAAGGAUACGGAAGCUGUAGAACGAGAAAAAUUAGUUUUGGAUAUUGAGCUCCAAGAUCAAACUGCACCAGCUGUUUGGACUUUCAAUGGAAAACCAAUUGAGCCUUCUGAGAGAAUUGAAAUCAAAAAUCUUGGUGGUGGUAAACACCAGCUGGUCUUCAAUCGCCUUGAAAUGGAAGAUGAUGGUGAAAUUAUGUGCGAAUCAGGAAAACUGACCUCGUCUAUGAAACUUACUGUCAAAAAAGGUGAAAGUAAACCAAUGAUUGACUUCCCUGACACAUUUGAAGCACCUGCAAAUCGACCAAUCACGUUCCAAGUACCAUACAAAGUUACUGGAACUAGGCAAACACAGGUGGAAGCAAAACUUGUCAAAGACGGAAAAGUUCUUCCGUUGAAAGAAGUUGAAGUAAUAGUACGCGAAGAAGAAAUUACUUUUAAAAUCAAAAAGCCCGCAAGAGAACAGUCUGGAAUGUAUCAAAUCAAAGUAUCAAAUGGUCAAGGUGAAGACGUUAAAGAUGUUAACUUCAUAAUGCAAGACGUACCGUCUCCUCCACUGGAUGUUAAUGUUACUGAUGUUUUUCAAACAUCGUGUCAAGUAUCAUGGAAACCAUGCAAAGAUGAUGGUGGUUCUCCUCUUCUCCAUUACGUGGUGGAAAGACAAGAUCUCAGCUUGAAGGCUGGUUGGGAAAACGUUGGUGAAGUUUCACCAAAAGAUAAAACCACGUACAAAGUCGAAGGGCUCACACCUAAGAAAGAGUACAAAUUCCGUAUUCGUGCUGUCAACAAACUCGGCAGUAGUGAACCGGCACUUUUCGCCAAACCUGUACUUGCAAAAGAUCCAUGGGAUGAACCAAGUAAACCUAAAGAUGUUGAAGUUGUUGAUUGGGAUAAAGAUCAUGCUGAUCUUAAAUGGUCUAAACCGGACAGCGACGGUGGUGCACCAAUUACUGGUUACGUAAUUGAAUUCAAAGAAAAAUUCGCAAAAGACUGGUCUAAAGGUAUCGAAGUACCUGGAGACCAACUUUCCGGAACGGUUCCAGGACUCAAAGAAAACAGCCAAUACGAGUUCAGAGUUCGAGCUAUCAAUAAAGCCGGCCCUGGAGAACCAAGUGAUAGUACAAAACCAAUCAUUGCCAAAUGUAGAUUCGUCAAACCGUUCAUUAUUGGCAACGACCUAAAUCCCAUAAUCAUCAAAAAGGGACAAACCGUCAAAUAUGACAUAAAAUACGGCGGCGAACCCGAACCAGAAGUCAAAUGGAUGUUAGACAAUACCGAAAUUAAACAAGACGUAGAAGAAAGAAUAACUAUUGAUAAAUACGAACGAAACACUGUCAUAACCGUCAGAAGAUGUACCAGACUGGACAGUGGCAAAUACCGCCUUGUCCUCACCAAUAGUUCAGGCACUUGUGAAGGCUCAGCCGAAGUUAUCGUUUUAGACAAACCAACACCUCCAAAAGGUCCACUCAAAGUCGAAGAAGUCCGUGCGACUCACGUUAAAGUCGCGUGGCAAAAACCAGAAGACAGUGGAGGCACCGAACUUACCGGUUAUAUUCUUGAAAAAAUGGACAUGGAAACUGGCAGAUGGAUACCAGCCGGCGAAGUUGGCCCUGAUGAAAAUUCCUUCACUUUCAAAGGACUUACACCUAAAAAGAAAUACAAGUUCAGAGUUAGAGCUAAGAAUAAGGAAGGAGAGUCUGAACCUCUUGAAACCGAUGAUGCGAUCCUUGCCAAAAACCCCUAUGACGAACCCGGAGCACCUGGCAAACCAGAAAUUAUCGACUAUGAUAAUAAGAGUGUCACACUUAAAUGGGCGAAGCCUGACAAUGAUGGCGGUCGUCCUAUCACUCACUACACCAUCGAAAUGAAAGACAAAUUCUCGCCUGAUUGGUCCGAAGUUGCCAAAACUGAGGAUAGCAACCCCGAAUGUGUAGUCCAAAAUCUGAAAGAAAACAUGGUUUAUCAAUUUAGGGUGCGUGCACAUAAUAAAGCUGGCCCUUCGGUACCGUCCGAGCCGACAGAUAAUCAUCUCUGCAAACACAGGAACUUGAAACCCCGUAUCGAUCGCGAGACAUUUAAAUCGGUCAUUAUCAAAGCCGGUCGUACACAUAAAUGGUCAGUUGAUAUAACUGGUGAACCGCCACCGGAAAAGAAAUGGGUCUGGAGAGAUAAUAUUCCCUUAACAAAUAGCGAAAGAAUUAAAAUCGAAAACACUGACUACCACACCGAUUUUACUAUUGUAAAUGCAGCUCGUAGAGAUACUGGAAAAUAUACUUUAACUGUUGAGAAUGUAAACGGCAAAGAUACAGAAACUGUAGAACUGACCGUUUUGGGCAAACCUAGUUCCCCUGAGGGACCAUUGAAAGUUUCUGAUAUCACUGCGGAAAAAGCUAAACUUGGAUGGCAAAAACCAGAAGACGAUGGCGGUAGUCCAAUCAAAGAAUACGAAAUUGAAAAAAUGGACAUGGCAACAGGCAAAUGGGUACGUGUUGGUCGUGUGCCCGGCGAUAAAGUAGGACCUGACGGAAAACUUGAAUAUGAAGUAACUGGACUAAAUCCUGGAUCAGAAUACAAAUUCCGCGUUACUGCUGUUAACAAUGAAGGAGACUCAGAACCUCUAGUUUCAGAUCGUAGUAUUAUUGCCAAGAAUCCAUUUGAUGAACCUGGCAAACCUGGUACUCCAGAAAUUGUGGACUAUGACAACAAAGGUGUUAAUCUCAAAUGGGAGAAACCUACCAGUGACGGCGGGGCUCCAAUUGAGAAGUACAUCAUUCAAAAGAAAGAUAAGUACAAGCCAGAUUGGGAAAAAGCUGCUGAAGUUUCUGGAGACUUAACAGAAGCUAGAGUAGAAGAUUUAAAAGAACGUGGAGAAUAUCAAUUCCGUAUUAUUGCUGUUAAUAAAGCUGGUCCUGGAGAGCCGUCUGAUGCCUCAAAAAUGCAGAUUAUCAAACACAGAUCUCUCAAACCGAGAAUCGAUAGGACGAAUCUUAAGCCGAUUUGUGUUCGAGCUGGUAAAAUUAUCAAAUACGAUAUUGAUGUUAGAGGUGAACCUCCACCGACAAUCACUUGGUUCCAAAAUGACAAAGAAGUUAAAUCUGAAGGCAACAUUGAGAUUGUCAAUGUAGAUUAUAACACUAAAAUUACAAUUAAUAACUCUGUUCGUAAAAACACUGGUAUUUAUAAAAUAAAAGCUGUUAAUGAGCACGGCUCUGAUGAAGCUGAAGUUGAAGUUACUGUACUUUCAUCACCAUCCAAACCUAAAGGACCACUGCAAGUCACCGACGUCGUCAAGAAUGGCUGCAAACUGAAGUGGGAGAAACCCGAAGAUGACGGUGGCAAACCAAUAACCGGAUACGUCGUCGAAAAAUUAGAUAAACAAACAGGUCGCUGGGCUCCCGUCGGACGCACAAACGAUACAGAAAUGGAUGUAAAAGGAUUAGUUGAAGGACACGAAUACGACUUUAGAGUCAGAGCUGUCAACGAUGAGGGAGAAUCCGAACCUCUUGAAACAGAUAAGUCUAUAGUAGCAAAGAAUCCUUACGAUAUUCCAGGAAAACCGGGAACUCCUGAAAUCACUGAUUGGGACGCGGACCGUGUCGAUCUCAAAUGGACCGCACCCAAAAACAACGGAGGUGCACCAAUCACCGGAUAUGUCAUCGAGAAAAAAGAGAAAUUUUCUACUUCUUGGGAUGAAAUUCUCACAACAGAUUCUCCAGCAACGGAUGCACAAGUACCCGGACUCAAAGAAGGCAAUACGUAUCAAUUCCGGGUCCGUGCUGUCAAUAAGGCUGGUCCAGGAGAACCGUCGGAUGCCACAGGACAACAUGUUGCCAAAGCUAGACACUUGCGUCCACUUAUCAAUCGCGAAAAACUACAUACUGUCAAAGUACGUGCAGGCCAAGUUGUCAAAUUCGAUGUUGAUGUGAAAGGUGAACCUCCACCGAAAAUUACUUGGAGCUUUGCCAACAAACCUUUGGAAUCCGGUGGCAAUCUUAAAAUCGAAAACGAAGAUUACAACACUAAAUUCACUCUAACAGACACUGUACGCAAACACACCGGAACUUACACAAUCAAAGCAGAAAAUGAGUCCGGCUUUGACGAAGCUCCAGUCGAAGUUAUUAUCUUAGACAAACCAGGCAAACCAGAAGGACCGCUCGAUAUUACCGGCGUUCACAAAGAAGGUUGCAAAUUGAAAUGGGAGAAACCGAAAGAUGAUGGUGGCCUUCCCAUCACCGGAUAUGUUGUUGAAAAACAAGACGCUAGUACCGGCCGUUGGGUACCUGCUGGAUUUAUCGAUCCGGACAAAACUGAACAUGAAGUUACCGGACUUGAACCCAAUAAAAAAUACAGUUUCCGCGUCAAAGCUGUCAAUGAAGAAGGCGAAUCAGAACCUUUGGAAAGCGAUACUUCUAUUAUCGCUAAGAAUCCAUACGAUAUUUCUGCUCCACCAGGGUUGCCAGAAAUUGUUGAUUAUGACGAACAUUCGGUUAAACUCAAGUGGGAACCACCUGUCAGAGACGGCGGAGCUCCUAUAACCGGCUACAUCAUUGAAGCUAUGGAUAAAUUCAGUGGACAAUUUGUCAAAGUUGCUGAGGUAGGACCUCAAUGUAACGGAACUGUCAAUAAACUCGAAGAGGGUAACCAAUAUAAAUUUCGCGUUCGUGCUGUAAAUAAAGCAGGAACUUCUGAUCCAUCCGAACAAACCAAUUGGCAUACAGCCAAACCUAGAUUCUUGAAACCAUUAAUUGAUCGCACUAAUGUCAAGCCGCUUACAAUCAAGGCCGGUCUUUCAAUCAGUUUGGACAUCAAUAUAGCUGGUGAACCUCCACCGAAAGUCACUUGGUUGUAUGAAGGAAAAGAAAUUGUCUCAUCAGAUGAAAUAAGAAUUGACAAUGUAGACUACAAUACCAAAUUCUUUGUACUUAAGGCAAAACGCAAACAAUCUGGCAAAUACACCAUCAUUGCCAAAAAUGAAGUCGGUGAAGACACCGCAGAUAUCGAAAUUUCCGUCCUUGCCAAACCAUCCUCACCCAAAGGUCCGCUUGACGUCACUGACGUCACGAAACACGGCUGCAAACUCAAAUGGAAGAAACCUGAAGACGAUGGUGGAAGUCCAAUCGAUCAUUAUGAAAUUGAAAAACUUGAUCCUCUAACUGGACAAUGGCUUCCAUGUGGUAGAAGUACUGAACCCGAAGCCAAUAUUACUGGACUUCAAGAAGGUAAACCGUACAAAUUCAGAGUUAAAGCAGUCAACAAAGAGGGAGAGUCAGAACCAUUAGAAACAGAAAAAUCUAUAAUCGCCAAAAAUCCAUUCGACGAACCUGGAAAACCUGGACGUCCCGAUCCCAAAAAUUGGGAUAAAGACUUUGUAGAAUUGGCUUGGGCGCCGCCAAAGAGCGACGGUGGCGCUCCCAUAGAAAAAUACAUUAUUCAAAUGCAUGACAAAGCUGGACGUGGCUGGGUUGAUGCAGCUACAGUUCCUGGAGACAGAACUACGGGUCGCGUGAAUACAGUUGAAGAAGGACACGAGUACGAAUUUCGAAUUGUUGCAGUUAAUAAAGCUGGACCAAGUGAACCUAGUGACCCAUCUAAAUCAGUUAUUGCUAAACCCAGAUUUUUGGCGCCUCAUAUUGACCGCAAAAAUCUCCAAAAGAAGGUUUUGCGUACCGGACAAUUGCUUCGUAUAGAGGCUGAUGUGAAGGGUGAACCUGCUCCUGUAGUAACAUGGACGCUUAAAGAAAAAGUUCUUAAAAAUACCGACAGGCUUAAAAUCGAAAACGAGGAUUAUCACACAUCUUUCACUUUACAGAAAGUCCAACGCUCUGAUACUGGUGUUUAUACAGUCACAGCUAAAAACGACUCUGGUGUAGACACUGUCGAUGUUGAAAUUCAAGUUUUGAGCAAACCUUCUAAACCUAAAGGUCCUCUUAAUGUUUCUGAUGUCAAAGCAGACGGUUGCAAACUCAAAUGGGAACCACCAGAAGAUGAUGGUGGAGAGCCAGUGAGUGGUUACGUCGUAGAAAGAAUGGAUGUGGAAUCAGGCAGAUGGAUUCCUGUAACAACAACCAAAACACCUGAAGCUGACGUUACUGGUCUUAACGAAGGCAAAGACUAUUUGUUUAGAGUCAAAGCUAUUAAUUCCGAAGGUGAAUCAGAGCCACUGGAAACAGAAGUUCCAAUUACAGCUAAGAAUCCAUACUCAGAACCAGAUACUCCAGGAAAACCAGAAAUCAAAGAUUGGUCUAAAAAUCACGCUGAUCUUAAAUGGGCACCUCCAAAAGAAGAUGGUGGUGCACCAAUAGAAAAAUAUAUAAUUGAAAAGAAAGAUCCUAUUACUGGAAAAUGGCAAAAAGCUGUUGAAGUACCAGGACAUAAAACAGAAGCUAAAGUACCAGACCUGCAAGAAGGACAAAAAUACCAAUUCCGAGUCAAAGCUGUUAACAAGGGUGGCGAAAGUAAACCAUCACCUCCGUCAGAAACCAUUACAGCCAAAGAUAGAUUCGUACCACCGAAAAUCGAUCGUAGUACCCUUAGAGACAUUACCGUUAAAGCAGGACAACUCAUCCGCUUAGACGUCAAAGUCUCUGGAGAACCUCCACCGACCAAAACAUGGUUCUUAAACAAAGCACGUAUUGAGAAACGUGACGAUAUCACUGUCGAUCUUGAAGAUUACAGAACCAAAUUGGUAAUUUCUUCGGCUGAACGAGGCCACACCGGUACAUUAACCCUCAAAGCCGAAAACAGUUCAGGAAAAGACGAAGCCAGUAUUGAAAUCAAAGUCGUCGACAAACCAGGAAAACCAGAAGGUCCACUCAAAAUCAGUGACGUACACAAAGAAGGCUGUACCCUUAAAUGGAACCCACCACAAGACGAUGGUGGUGUACCAAUUGAAUAUUACGCUGUAGAAAAACUUGACACUGCAACUGGCCGUUGGGUACCAGCAGGACGUGCCAAAGAAGCCAAAAUCGAAUUGAAUAACCUUGAGCCUGGUCAAGAAUAUAAAUUUAGAGUGUCAGCUGUGAAUGCUGAGGGUGAAUCAGAACCUUUGGUAGCCGAUCAGACUAUCGUAGCUAAAAAUCCAUUUGACGAACCUGGCGCACCCGGGACACCUGAGGUUACUGACUGGGACAAGGAUCAUGUCGACUUACGAUGGACUCCACCCGCUAAUGAUGGUGGAUCUCCAAUCACCGGAUAUAUUAUCGAAAAACGGGAAAAAGGGUCACCGAAAUGGACCAAAGCUGGAGAAGUUGGUCCUCAUGAUACUAAAGGAACUGCUGAUCACUUAGAUGAAGGUGUGGAAUACGAGUUUAGAGUAAGAGCAGUUAAUGCGGCAGGACCUGGUGAACCUAGCCAAGCAUCUAAAUCAGUCAUCACAAAGCCUAGAAAGUUGGCUCCUAAGAUCGAUCGCCGUACUUUGCAUAACUUGACCGUGAAGGAAGGUGAACCGAUUUAUAUUGAUGUUAAAGUUAGCGGUGAACCUGCUCCCGAAGUUGUCUGGUACCAAGAUAACAAAACAGUUACUCAGACAGCACAUCGUCGUGUUGAUAAUGUUCCUUAUAACUCCAAGUUCUUCAACGAUAAACCCGAAAGAAAGGACACUGGAGUUUAUAAAAUUGUUGCUUCGAACAGAUACGGCCAAGAUACUGCAGAAAUUGAAAUUACUGUUGUCGCCAAACCUGGACAGCCUGAAGGCCCAUUAGAAGUCACUGAUAUCCACAAAGAUGGAUGCAAUCUUAAAUGGAAGAGACCUAAAGACGACGGUGGUGAACCAAUCGAAGGAUAUGUCGUCGAAAAAUUAGACCCCGAAACUGGAAUUUGGUUACCUGUUGGAAAAACAACUGGUGAUGUACCCGAAAUGAAAGUUGAUGGUCUUAUUCCUGGACACGAAUAUAAGUUCAGAGUGAAAGCUGUGAAUAAAGAAGGCGAAUCUGAACCUUUGGAAACUGCCGGAACCAUCACCGCCAAAGAUCCAUUUACGACACCAAGCAAACCAGGAGCUCCAGAACCUGUUGACUGGACCGCUCAACACGUUGAACUCAAAUGGACUGAACCUCCAUCUGAUGGUGGUUCUCCGAUUACCGGAUAUAUUGUUGAAAUGAAAGAUAAAUACAGUCCUCUGUGGGAAAAAGCUCUAGAAACAACUUCCCCUACACCAACUGCUGUGGUACAUGGUUUGAUUGAAGGAAACGAAUAUCAGUUCCGUGUAAUUGCUGUCAAUAAAGCUGGACAAAGUCCGGCUUCAGACUCCAGUAAAACCUUCAUUGCCAAACCCAGAUUUUUGGCUCCAAGAAUCGACAGAAGACAUCUUCAUGAUGUUACCAUUUCUGCUGGCUCUCCGCUCAAAUUUGACGCCAACAUUAUCGGCGAACCUCCACCGACAGUGGAAUGGCGUUUCAAUGGAAUGACCUUAAAGAAUGACAACCGCACAUUAAUUGAAAAUGUUGAUUAUAACACCAAAAUUGCUAUUAGACCAGUUAAACGUGACGAUACUGGUGAAUACACUGUGACUGCUACCAACUCUUCCGGACGAGACACUCAUACUAUAAACGUCACUGUUACUGAUAAACCAUCCAGUCCCGAAGGGCCACUUCAAGUAUCAGACGUCAACAAAAAUGGAUGUAAACUUAAAUGGAAGAGACCAAAAGAUGAUGGUGGUACUCCAAUUGAAUACUAUCAAGUCGAAAAAAUGGAUCCGGAAACUGGAACCUGGGUACCAUGCGGACGGGCGAACGAACCAAAUUUUGAGGUAACUGGUUUAACCCCUGGUAAAGAAUACAAGUUCAGAGUAGCUGCUGUUAAUGCGGAAGGUGAAUCUAAACCCCUAGAAACCGAACAAGCAAUCCUUGCCAAGAAUCCAUUCGACGAACCUGGACCACCAGGACAUUUGAAAGCCACCGACUGGGAUAAAGAUCACGUUGACUUACAAUGGACCCCGCCAAAAGACGACGGCGGUUCUCCAAUCACCGGCUACAUCGUCGAAAAGAAAGACAAAUUUGGUGAAUGGGAACGUGCAUUUGAAGUACCAGCAGACCAAACCAAAGCCACUGUUGGUGACUUAAUUGAAGGACAACCUUACGAAUUCCGCGUCCGUGCUGUCAAUGCUGCGGGACCCGGUGACCCAAGUAAUGAAACACCCACAAUUAUUGCCAAACCCAGAAACCAAGCACCUAAAAUCGACCGAACUAAUCUUAUUGAAGUCCGAAUUAAAGCAGGACAGCCCUUCAGCUUCGAUGUUAAAGUUUCAGGCGAGCCAAUGCCGACGACCAAAUGGCUGAUGAAAGGCAAGGAAAUCAAAUCUGGUGAGAGAACCAAAGUCCAACAUAGUGAUUAUAACACAAAGAUUGCGGUCCGUAAUGCCACUCGUGCCGAAUCUGGCACUUAUACUGUAACUGCUGAAAAUGCCAACGGAAAAGAUAUCGCAGAAGUCGAAGUGAUUGUCUUGGAUGUGCCCAGUCCCCCUGGAGGCCCACUUAAAGUGUCUGACGUCCAUGCCAAUGGCUGUAAACUCAACUGGCGUCCGCCAGCGGACGACGGUGGCCAGCCUGUCGAUAGAUAUAUUGUAGAAAAAAUGGACGAAGCUACCGGACGUUGGGUUCCGGCUGGGGAAACUGACGGUCCUGAAACUUCACUUGACGUUGAUGGACUUGUGCCCGGAAAAAAAUACAAAUUUAGAGUACGUGCCGUCAAUAAACAAGGCAAAUCUGAACCACUGACCACCGCACAGGCGAUAGAAGCCAAAAAUCCGUUUGACGAACCCGGUAAAACUGGAACGCCUGAAAUUAUUGAUUACGAUAGCGACUUUGUCGAACUCAAAUGGGAGAGACCAGAAUCCGAUGGUGGGUCACCCAUCACUGGGUAUGUUAUUGAAAAACGCGACAAGUUUAAUCCUAACUGGGAGAAGUGUGCCGAAGUUGAAGGAGACGUCACACAAGGAAAAGUCAAUGAUCUCAUUGAAGGAACACCGUAUGAGUUCCGCAUCCGUGCUGUUAAUAAAGCCGGUCCUGGAGAACCUAGCGAUGCUUCAAAGAUUCAUGUCGCAAGACCAAAGAAUCUUGCACCUAAAAUCGACAGAAAUGCACUACUCGACAUCAAAGUGCGCGUUGGACAAUCAUUUGAAUUUAAUGUCCCUGUCAUCGGUGAACCACCACCGACUAAAGAAUGGGAACUCAAAGGAAACACCCUAUUCAACACCGAUAGACUCAAAAUCGUCAACGAAGACUACAAAACAAACCUCAAAGUCACCGAUGCUAAACGUGGCGACAGCGGAGUAUACCAACUCACUGCCAAAAACAUCAACGGCAGAGAUGUUGCGACAGUUAACGUUACAGUCUUAGAUGUACCUACUCCGCCUGAAGGGCCACUCAAAGCCGACAAUGUUUCUAAGAAUUCUCUCACACUUCGCUGGAAGCCACCUAAAGAUGACGGUGGUUCCGAAAUUACUCAUUACACAGUUGAAAAACAAGACACUGAAAAUAUGCGAUGGGUACCCGUGGGUGAAGCUGUCGGAACUUCAAUGCGAGUUCCUAACUUAACUGAAGGACACGACUACAACUUCCGAGUUUGUGCUGUAAACAAACUGGGAGAAUCUGCUCCUUUAACAACUGCUGAAAGUAUCACAGCUAAAGAUCCAUUCACUAAACCUGACAGGCCAGGAGCACCUACACCCACAGACUGGGACAAAGAUCAUGUCGAUCUUGAAUGGACUCCACCUAGGAAAGAUGGAGGUUCACCCAUUACGUCUUAUAUCAUCGAAAAGAGACCAAAACACGGCACUUGGGAAAAGGCUGUUGAAAUUCCUGGAAACAUCACAAAAGGUACUGUACCAAAUCUGACUGAAGGCGAAGAAUACGAAUUCAGGGUAAUUGCCGUGAAUAAGGGCGGCCAAAGUGAGCCUAGUGAAGCCUCAGUGCCUGUUAUUGCCAAACCUAGAUUCCAAGCUCCAACCUUUGACAAGACUCUUCUCGAAGAUAUCACCGUCAAAGCCGGCCAACGCUUCGGAUGGACUAUCCCAAUUGAAGCAUCGCCCAAGCCGACGGUCAAAUGGACGGUCAAUGGCAAAGAAAUUAAAUCAAGUGACAGAAUUGACAUCGCUGUUUAUAACAAUAAAAUGUCAUUUGACGUAUCGUCCUCACUUCGAUCUGACGCGGGACGAUAUAGCGUAACUCUGACUAAUGAUUUAGGAAGCAUUACUGCUUCUGCAAAUGUCACAGUCUUAGACAAACCAGGACCUCCACAACCACCCCUUAAUGUCAGCAAUGUCACUAAAGAAAGCGCCCGAAUUCAAUGGAAACCACCACUGGAUGACGGUGGUUCGCCUAUUUUGCAUUACGUAGUUGAAAAAAUGGACGUGUCUCGUGGAACAUGGUCAGACGCCGGAAUGGCAACAAUUACAUCCCAUGAUAUCACAAGACUCAUUCAUCGUAAAGAAUACUUCUUUAGAGUCAAAGCCGUCAAUGCGGUCGGAGAAUCCGAACCGCUUGAAACACCCAAGAGUAUUAUUGCUAAAAAUGAAUUUGAUGAACCAAGUGCUCCCGGUAAACCAGCUGUCACAGACUGGGAUAAAGAUCAUGUCGACCUUGAAUGGACCCCGCCAAAAAGCGAUGGCGGUUCUCCAAUUACAGGCUAUAUCAUUCAAAAGAAAGAAAAAGGAAGUCCCUACUGGACAAAUGCUGCUCAUGUACCUGCUAAUAAAAAUACAGCUACUGUACCUGAUUUAACAGAAGGACAAGAAUACGAAUUUAGAGUAAUCGCGACUAAUACCGCUGGACAAAGUGAACCAUCUGAACCUUCCGAUCUUGUCACCGCUAAAGCCAGAUUUUUGGCUCCCAAAAUCAAAACCCCGCUUAAUGAUAUUCGCAUUAAAGCUGGUCUCAUUCUUCAUGUUGACAUCGAUUUUAUUGGUGAACCAUGUCCUGAAGCCACUUGGACUGUUGGCAGUAAAGCUUUGACAGCGGAUGAUCGCACUACCGUUACUUCUAUCGGCUACCACACGAUCAUCCAUACAGUCAAUGCUAAACGUUCAGACAGUGGCUUGUAUCAUCUUUUGAUUAAAAAUAAUUCUGGUAUAGAUGAAGGUUCAUUCCAAGUUAUCGUCUUGGAUCGUCCUGGACCCCCACAAGGUCCUCUCGAAUACGAAGAAGUUACGGCGCAAAGCGUCACGCUUUCUUGGAAACCACCAAAAGACAAUGGCGGCAGCGAAUUAACGGGAUACGUUAUUGAAAAGCGAGAUUUGACUCAUGGCGGUGGCUGGGUCCCUGCUGUUAGUUAUGUAAAUCCUAAAAACACACAUGCUGUUGUUCCAAGACUGAUCGAAGGCACUAAAUAUGAGUUUAGAGUUUUUGCUGAAAAUCUCCAAGGACGCUCCGAUCCUCUCGAUACGGAGAAACCAGUAGUUGCAAAAAAUCAAUACGAUGUUCCUGGAAAACCUGGAAAACCAGAACUUGUGGAUAGCGACAAAGACCAUAUUAAAAUCAAAUGGUCGGCACCUAUUAGCAACGGUGGCUCUCCUAUUAUUGGCUAUGACGUCGAAAGAAGAGAUCGUGCAACAGGACGAUGGGUUAAACUCAACAAAGAACCUACACGUCAUUUAGAAUAUUACGACGAUAGAGUACAAGAAGGACACCAAUACGAAUACAGAGUGUCGGCUGUUAAUGCCGCUGGGGCUGGCAAACCUAGCGAUACAUCUAACGUAUUCAUCGCUAAACCAAUGAAAGAAAAACCGAAAUUAUGGCUCGACGGAAUCAUCGGUCGUAAAAUCAAGGUCCGAGCCGGCGAGCCUAUCAAUAUUGAUAUUCCUUUAACUGGUGCACCGACACCUAAGAUUGAAUGGUCGAAGAAGGGUAUCGCCAUACCAGAAACAAACAGAGUUUAUACUGAGACCACAAGUGAGCACACUGCUCUCCGAGUGGAAGUCUCCAACCGCGACGACGCUGGCAAAUACACCGUCAAAGCCAAAAACGAGUACGGCUCAGACGAAGCUGACAUUGAAGUCAUUGUCGUCGACAAACCCGGAAUUCCAAGAGGUCCUCUCCAAUACACCGAAACCACACAAGAUAGCGUCUCGUUAUCCUGGAACCCACCAACUGACGAUGGUGGUGGUGAAAUCAGCGGUUAUAUUGUUGAAGUUAGCGAAUUUGGAACUGAUAGUUGGCGUCCAUGCCCAGGUUUCUGUCCUCGACCUUCGUUUACAGCGCGCGGUUUAACCGAAGGCAAAAAAUACGUGUUCCGCGUACGAGCCGAAAACAUUUACGGUGUUUCCGAACCUUUGGAAGGUAAACCUGUCGUGGCUAAGAGUCCGUUCGAUCCACCAGAUGCGCCAAGUCAACCGGAAGUCACUGGAUAUACUCCAUCGUCUUGCUCGUUGAAAUGGAAUCCACCAACCAUCACUGGUGGUAAACCGAUCACCGGCUACUAUGUCGAAAAGAGAGAACGUGGUGGCGAAUGGAUGAAAGUUAACAAUUAUCCAACACCUAAUACGCAAUAUACAGUACAAGAUUUGAGAGAGGGAAACAAAUACGAGUUCCGCGUUAUUGCUGUUAAUGAAGCCGGGCCUGGCAAACCGAGCAAACCGACUGAACCUAUAGUAGCACAACACCAAAGAUUUAAACCAGAUGCUCCUGAGCCUCCUAAAGCAGAUCGCAUUACUAAAGAUAGUGUCACUUUGUCUUGGAGACCACCUCGAAGCGAUGGUGGCUCCAAACUCAAAGGCUAUCUCUUGCAAAAACGCGCAAAGGGUGAUGAUGACUGGAGCGACGUUAAUUCCGUUCCAAUCAAUGAAAACGUGUACACGGUUCCAAAACUGAAAGAAGGUGAAGAAUACCAAUUCAGAGUAAUUGCUGUAAAUGAGGUUGGCAAAUCUGAACCGAGUCGACCAAGUAACAAUAUUCUCAUCGAAGAACAACCCAACAAACCUUGCAUGGAUCUGGGAGGAGUUCGAGAUAUUACCGUCCGUGCUGGAGAAGAUUUCAGUAUUCAUGUGCCAUAUGUUGGUUUCCCGAAACCAACAGCAUCUUGGUUUGCGAACGAUAGAAUCCUUGACGAGUCUGAUAGUCGCGUAUUCCCGAAACUGACCGACGAUGCUGCUAGUAUUAUUGUCAAGAAUUCGAAACGUAGUGACAGUGGCCAGUACAGGUUGCAACUCAAGAACCCAUCAGGUUUUGACACGGCAACAAUCAAUGUCCGUGUCUUGGACCGGCCUGGAAAACCAGAAAAUCUCCGUGCUGAUGAAUUUGCCGGAGAUGCUCUCACACUCUAUUGGCAACCACCGAAAGAUAACGGUGGCGGUGACAUUACCAAUUACGUUGUCGAAAAGAAAGAAGCUAAAUCCCCAACUUGGUCUAAAGUCAGUAGCUAUGUCACUGUUCCGUUCAUUCGUAUUCGUAAUUUGACACUUGGAAGAGAUUACGAGUUCCGCGUAAUGGCUGAAAAUCAAUACGGCCAAUCAGAACCGGCAGUAACCGCAGAACCAAUUCGUGCCAGACAUCCAUUCGAUCCUCCCGGUGCUCCUGGGGCUCCUCGAGGCAUUGAAACAACCGAAGACUCCAUCACAAUUCAAUGGACCAAACCUAGACACGAUGGUGGAUCUCCCAUUACUGGUUACGUGAUAGAAAAGCGACUCAUCUCGGAAGACAAAUGGACCAAGGCCUCACAUGCUAUCGUCCCCGAUCUUUCCCAUAAAGUCAUCAAUUUGAUCGAAAACCACGAAUACGAAUUCAGAGUAGCAGCCAUUAACGCCGCAGGACAGGGUCCAUGGAGCUCUUCGUCUGAUGCUAUCGCGGCAAGAGCACCACCAUCAGCUCCGAGAAUUACAUCUGACUUGAGUAUCAGAGACAUGGUUGUGAUUGCAGGGGAAGAAUUCAAAAUUACAGUACCAUACGUUGCCACUCCUAAACCAAAAGCCUCUUGGACUAUUAACGGCAACGAAGUUUUGUCCGACAGUAGAAUUAAGUUUGAAACUACAGAUAUUGCGUCGAUUUUCACAAACAAAUGUUCUAAGAGAAAUGAUACUGGAAGCUAUACAAUAAAAUUGACAAACACAGUUGGUUCUGAUUCGGCCACGUGCAGAGUCUUGGUUGUAGACAAACCACAACCACCUCAAGGACCACUUGAUAUCUCUGACGUCACUCCUGAUAACUGCUCAUUAGCUUGGAGAGCCCCAGCCGAUGAUGGUGGUUCUCCAAUCACUAAUUACAUUGUUGAGAAAUUGGACACCAACGGAAUUUGGGUCAAAGUGAGCAGUUUUGUUCGUAACACUCACUACGACGUGAUGGGAUUAGAACCAAACAAGAAAUACAGUUUCCGAAUCCGCGCUGAAAAUCAAUAUGGCAUUAGUGAACCUCUUGAAAGUACAGAACCUGUCACUGCUAAGUAUCCGUUUACAGUACCGGAUGCUCCUGGUGCACCACGUGUUACAGACUGGACCACAAAUACCAUCUCAUUGAGUUGGGACAGACCAGCCAAUGAUGGUGGUUCACGUAUUCAAGGCUACAAACUCGAAUAUCGCGAUGUUGCCCACGACACCCACUGGCAAAGCGCUAGCGACUAUCUUAUUAAAGAAACUCAUUUCGAUCUUUACAAUAUGACUAGUGGCCACGAAUACGAAUUCCGCGUACGUGCUAAGAAUGCCGCUGGAUUAAGCAAACCCUCACAAUCAUCCAGCAAAUUCAAACUCAAAGGUAAAUUCAACGUACCAUCACCACCUCAAAAUCCGAAAGUCGUCAAAGUUGGUAAGAGCUACGUUGACCUUACUUGGGAACCUCCAACCAACGACGGUGGUGCUAAAAUCACCGGCUACAUUAUCGAAAAACGUGAAAUUGGAAGUCCGCUCUGGCACAAAUGCAAUGAAUAUAACGUUACUGAUACUAACUAUACAGCUUUGAACCUGACCGAACGCUCAGAUUAUGAAUUCAGAAUCUACGCUGUUAAUUCGGCCGGAAAGAGCGAACCAAGUGCUUGCACAACUCCAGUCAAAGUAUGCGAAGUCCUUGGUGGCGAAAAACCUGAAUGGAUACGACCACUUGGCAACCAAACUGCUCCUCUUGGAAAAUCUGUAUCUUUAUCAUGCGAAGCGUCCGGUAAACCACCACCGACGUUCCGCUGGUUGAGAAAUGGACGUGAAAUUAAAAUCAGUGGAAGAUUUAGAACCGAAACUAAAGGAGGAGUCGCGUGGUUACACAUCUCAGAUCUUUUGGAUAUUGAUGAUGGAGAUUACACUUGUGAGGCUAGUAAUUCACUUGGGUCGGUUACGACCACCGCGCGUCUGAAGAUUGGAACACCACCACGUAUCGAACGUUUGCCUGGCGAUUUAUAUUUGCCCGAAAACGAUAACACCAAAAUCAAAAUCUACUAUUCCGGCGACCAACCUCUCGAUGUUACCCUUACUAAAAACGGAACUAAAAUCGAUGAAUCCGCUCAUAUCAAAUACACAAUCUUUGAUGAUUAUAUUAUUAUAUUUAUCAAAGGUAUUAACAAAGAUGAUGCUGGUAAUUACAAUCUGACUGUAAAGAAUGACAGUGGAAGUGCUUCUGGUAGUUUUACUGUCUACAUAACUGGUCUUCCUGGACCUCCAACUGGUCCUUUGGAAACCACCGACAUUACCAAGCAUACUUGUACCCUUAACUGGAAACCUCCAAGCUACGAUGGUGGACUACGCAUCACCCACUAUGUCGUCGAAAGGAAAGACGUGACUGGAUUACACUGGAUUACAAUAAAUAGCCACUGUAAAGACACCAGUUUCACAGUUCAAGGUCUCACAGAAAACCAGGAAUAUCUCUUCCGAGUGAUGGCCGUUAACGAUAACGGAAUGGGACCGCCACUCGAAGGCGUUAACCCGAUCCGAGCUAAAGCUCCCUUCGACCCACCCUCGCCACCUGGAAUACCCAAAGUUACGCAAGUUGGUGGCGAUUUUGUAAAUCUCGAAUGGGAAAGACCAGAAAAUGAUGGUGGAGCCCGUAUUCAAGGCUACUGGAUUGAUAAACGUGAAGCUGGUAGUUCAACUUGGCAAAGAGUCAACGUAUCGCUUUGUCUCCCGACUCAAAUUAACAUCUCAAACCUUAUUGAGGGCCGUAAAUACGAAUUUAGAGUGUUUGCUCAAAAUGUAGCUGGAAUCUCCGAACCAUCCUCUGCUUCGACUUCGGUCGUUAUUAAAGAUCCAAUGGCGGCAACUCCACCAGAAAUUGUCAAACCACUGAAGAAUGCUAACUGUAUUCAAAAUCACAACGCUCAAUUCCAAUGCACGAUCACAGGUGUGCCUAAACCGACUAUCACUUGGUAUAAAGGAGCUCGCGAGAUUUGCAGUGGCUCUAGAUACAAUAUCUACAGUGAAGAUGAUGACCACUACUUGAUUAUUAAUGACGUAUUUGGUGAAGACGCUGAUGAAUAUGUCUGCCGAGCUGUCAACAAAGCCGGAGUCAAGUCCACCCGUGCCGAACUUGUUAUAAUGACUGCACCAAAACUAAACAUUCCUCCUCGUUUCCGUGAUACCGCGUACUUCGACAAGGGUGAAAAUGUUGUUAUUAAAAUUCCAUUCACUGGACAUCCAAAACCAAAGAUCACUUGGGUGAGGGAAGGUGAAGUUAUAGAAUCCGGUGGUCAUUACCACGUAGAAGUCAAAGACAGACACGCUAUUCUUACUAUUCGCGAUGGCAGCAAAUUAGACAGUGGACCAUAUAGAAUCACCGCAGAAAACAAUCUAGGACAAGACUCUGCUAUUAUCAAGAUCCAAAUUUCGGAUCGUCCAGAUCCUCCACGAUUCCCUGUCGUUGACAAUAUUGGGACCGAUUCAUUGGCCCUUUCUUGGAAAGCACCAGUAUGGGAUGGUGGCAGCAAUAUCACUAACUACCUAGUCGAAAGACGCGAACAUCCACUCAGUACUUGGAUUCGAGUUGGAAACACACGUUUGACUACAAUGGCAGUCAGUGGAUUAACUCCUGGCCACCAAUACGAAUUCAGAAUUUACGCUGAGAAUAUUUACGGCCGUUCCGAUGCUUCAGAAGUGAGCACCUUAGUAACGACCAAAGACACAGGCAAAAAAGCAGUGCAGAAGAAGAAAUACGAAGUUGACGAAAACGGAAAGAAGAUCAGAGAAUCUCAUAAAGAACCAGUCAAAGACUACGAUCAAUACGUCUUCGACAUUUAUUCUAAAUACGUUCCUCAACCUGUCGAAAUAAAAACCCGAAGUGUCUACGACGAUUACGACAUUCUUGAGGAGAUCGGAACUGGAGCCUUUGGUGUGGUCCAUCGUUGCCGUGAACGUAAAACUGGUAACAUCUUCGCCGCUAAGUUCAUCCCAGUAUCACAUGCUAUGGAGAAAGAACUUAUUCGUAAAGAAAUCGAUAUCAUGAACCAUCUCCACCACCCCAAACUUAUCAACUUGCAUGAUGCAUUUGAAGAUGAUGACGAGAUGGUCCUCAUCUACGAAUUCCUCUCAGGAGGUGAAUUAUUCGAACGAAUCACAGCAGAAGGUUAUCAAAUGUCGGAGGCUGAAGUUAUCAACUACAUGAGACAGAUUUGUGAGGCAAUCAAACACAUGCACGAACGUAACAUAAUUCAUCUGGAUAUCAAACCGGAAAAUAUCAUGUGCCAAACCCGUAAGGGUACAAAUAUCAAACUGAUAGAUUUCGGACUUGCCACAAAACUUGAUCCUAAUGAAGUUGUUAAAAUUUCAACUGGAACAGCUGAAUUCGCAGCACCGGAAAUCGUAGAACGAGAACCUGUAGGUUUCUAUACCGACAUGUGGGCAGUUGGAGUCUUAGCUUACGUACUAUUGAGUGGUUUGUCGCCAUUUGCCGGUGAAAAUGAUAUCGAGACUUUGAAGAAUGUCAAAGCGUGCGACUGGGACUUCGAUGAGGAAGCUUUCGCGAAUGUAUCAGAAGAAGGGAAAGAUUUCAUAAGAAGACUACUAUUAAAGAAUAAAGAAAAACGCAUGACUGCGGAAGAAUGUCUUUUGCAUGCUUGGCUAAGUGGUGACCACAGCGACAAAACUCAAGUCAUCAGUCAAUCAAAAUAUAUUAAAAUUCGUGACAAGAUUCGUGCCAAAUAUGACAAUUGGGAUUCAUUCAUUCUCCCACUUGGUCGACUUUCUGAAUAUUCUUCACUACGUAAAUUGCUGAUCGAUAAGUACAAGAUUCAUGACACCUUCUUUGAUCGCCGCCAAGCCGCCCCAAGAUUUGUCAUCAAGCCUCAAAGUGCGUUCUGCUACGAAGGCCAAAGUGUCAAAUUCUACUGCAGAGUCAUCGGUUGUGCUGCUGCAACCCUCAGUUGGUACCACAACAAUACUGAAUUAAGACAGAGUGUUAAAUACAUGAAACGCUACGUCGGAGACGACUAUUACUUUAUUAUUAACAGAGCUAAAUUAGAAGAUCGCGGUGAAUACAUUAUUCGAGCUGAAAAUCAUUACGGAUCUCGUGAAGAAGUAGUAUUCCUUAACGUCCAACCUCUCCCGAAAGUUGUGUCAGACUACAAACCAUCCGAAGUACAACCUGUUCGUAGACGCCAACCGUUACCUUACACCUUCUGGUCUGAAGAACACGAGUGUGCCCCAAGUUUCACAUUCUUACUCCGCCCUCGUGUCAUGCAAGAACGCGACACUUGUAAAUUAUUGUGUUGUCUUAGCGGCAAACCAUUCCCGACUGUUAAAUGGUACAAAGAUAAACGCGAACUUAGCAAAUACGAAUAUUCGAUGUCUACGUCUGAUGGUGUCAUUACAAUGGAAAUUGUCGGAUGCAGACCUUCAGAUUCAGGAAAAUACACAUGUGUUGCUACAAAUGUUCAUGGAACAGACGAAACUUCUUGUGUGGUUAUUGUUGAAGGCGAGACGAGCACUGAAGAGCAAACAAGACUAGCAGAGAAAUUUUUGCAUUCCGGUGACAGAAAAUACAUCGAACAACCAAUUAAAUCUGCACCUUUACAAGUCACAAUCAGAAAACCAAUUACAAGUUCUCAACCCGUGACGAACAGUUUGAACCAUUCAGGAUCGACUUUAAGUGUAGGUGAUAGUGAAAAAAGAACACCGAAGAAGUAUGGACGAUUAGACUCGACGGGAAGUCCAAAUAGAUCCAGAAGUGCUACUAAAGAACUAGCAUUACCACCCGAUGAUUCAACAAUGUGUGCCCCUAAAUUUACUAAAAAUUUGUCCGACUUGACUGUUAAUGAUGGUGACAGUUUAAAUCUGACUGCUCAUGUGAAAGGAGAUCCAGAACCUCAAAUAGUCUGGACCAAGAAUAACAAAAUUUUGACUUCUUCAGAAGUAAUAGAUUUGAAGUACAAGAACGGAAUUGCCAAGCUCCAGAUCAAUGAAGUUUAUCCAGAAGAUGAAGGAGAGUAUGUAUGCAAGGCCACUAACUCGAUGGGAACAUCAGAAACUAAAUGUCGUCUCACAAUUAAACCAAUGACUAAUGCGACCAAUGGAAAAGCCAAGAAAGAUUCUGACGAUAAGGCACCACGAAUCGUGAGUCAUUUACAAUCUGCUUUCGUCAAAGACGGAGAACCAGUGACUAUCUCAUGCCGUAUCAUCGGAGCAAACAAAUUCGACGUAAUCUGGUUGCACAACAACAAAGAAAUCAAGCCAAGCAAAGAUUUCCAAUACACCAACGAAGCCAACAUUUACAAACUAAUCAUUGCUGAAAUCUUCCCUGAAGACUCCGGUGCAUACACUUGCGAAGCCUUCAACGAUGCCGGAGAGAGUUUCAGCAGUUGUACUUUGAACGUGAUAGUCCCCGGCGAGCAGCCCAAGAGCCCCGUGUUCAAAACAUUCCCGGUUUCCGCCACGGUAUCAGAAGGCGAGUCUGCCACAUUCGAAGCAGAAACAGAAGAUGACGUCUUGCAAAUCAACUGGCUCAAGGACGGCAAACCCAUCAAGGAGAGCAGUGCCAAAUACAAGUUCACCGCCGACGGAAAACGCUAUACUCUACAGAUCGUAUCAUGCGACUCCAACGACAUUGGACAAUAUCAAGCCAAAGCCAUCGGAAAGAAAGGGGAAACUUUCGCGGCCUUUUCUCUUAAUGUUGUUCCACCCGGAGAACUAUAGCUCUGACUACGCUAUUAACGCUAUUAAAACGAACGACUUGCUCCGAGAGAAUAUGUACUUAUGUAUCAUAUGUUGUGUAUAAAUAAUAUUAGUGUUUUAUAUCACGCGGCGAUCGGAUAGGGGGUGGCCCGGCAUAGAACCCUUUCUGAAAGGUCGAAGCAUCCUCAGUUUAACAUCUCCGCGAUAUUUCUGAAACGAUUCUAUGCCAACUACUUCCUCGACGACUCUCGAAGCAUUACCGCACCGCCAUUAUUACUAUUUUUUUUUCAUUUCAUUUGCGAAUAGAGAGCAGACAUGUCGAACUUAUUUAACGGUAUGAAAAGAGAAAAUUUAUUUAGUGUGGAAGUGCUUUUGCCAUCCUUUCAUUGUGCCAUCGUUGUUCAUUACUUAAGUUUUCUUAAUGCAUUAUCGCUUUUGCAAAGCCAUACCAAAAUUGUAUCAUACUAUGUAAAUUAAAAAAAUAUAAUUUUUAAAA